AUGAUUGAGAACGUGGUCUACAAGUGUGGCUCUUAUCUCAUCAGGAACACGCAUAUGUCCUCGGCCUCUUCUGCCUCUUCCUCUGUUUUGCCUCCCAACUCCUCCGCCACGCAGCCUCACUCCUCUUCCUCUUCUUCUUCUCUCUGGCUGUUGACCCCGUCCAAUUCCUUGUCCUUCCAUUCUGGAUCUGAGCUACAAUCACCCGGAGAUUCAGGAGUCAAGCUGCUCUCUGAGAUACUCAGCCAUCCAAACUGCUCACUGGACAAACUCAAUGUGGCUCAUGGAGGAGAAUUCAGGAUUACAGCAGGACUACACAAAUAUGCCUGUGAUCUCACACUGGAUCUAAACACAGCAAACAUUCAUCUCAUUGUGUAUGAGGAGAACAAAAAGGUGAUACAUGUGAAAGAGGAUCAGUUAUAUCCUGAUCAUCCAGAGAGGUUUGAUGAGUGUAUUCAGGUUCUGUGUCGAGAGAGUCUGUCUGGACGAUUUUACUGGGAGGCUGAAUGGAGUGGAUAUGAUGCUGAUAUGUCCGUCACAUAUAAAGGUAUCCGCAGGAAAGGAGGGAGUGAUGAUUGUUGGUUUGGGUCCAAUACAAAUUAUUGGAGUCUGAUCUGCUCUGAUUUUGGUUUUACUGUUCGUCACAAUAAGAAGUUCACUGUCAUACAUGUCCCUUUGCGCUCCUCUAAGAGAGUCGGAGUGUAUCUGGACUGGUCUGCCGGCACUCUGUCCUUCUACAGCAUCUCUGACACACUCACACACAUUCAGCUCCACAUUCACUGAACCUCUCUGUGCUGGAUUUGUAGUUUGUGAGGGUUCCUCGGUAUCUCUGUGACAUCCUGUGAAAAGCCUGUGAGCAACAAAAGAGACACACACACACCUGACUAAAAAGAAAUCCUCUCACUUUAUAUAUUUGUCCUGUCAGUUACCCAGCAUUUUUUUGCAUUUGCAAGACCUCUGGCUGGGUUUGUGUACAUUUACUCUCAAGAGAUUUUGCAAUUAUGUGAACAUUUUUUGGUGAUUUGUUCUUUGCUAGUUAGGUCCAGAAUUAUGUGAAAUAUUACGUGUUUUGUAUGUGCUCUCAUUGUUCAGUUGUCUAUUCUCAGAAGUGUA